AUGAUGUUACAACAAGGUUUUAUUAUUCUCCUCAUAAUAUUUUUUUUGACUGGAAAUAUUCAAGGUCAAUUUCGUCGUCUAUUAUAUCCAAAUGGAAAACAAUACGUUAUUAAAUCAAAUGAUGAUCCUGGUGAACCUUUAUUUCUUACACCAUAUCUUGAACAAGGUAAAAUUGAAGAAGCAAGACAAUUAAGUUCUGUUGAAUUACCACCAUAUAAACAACAAUCAUUUUCUGGUUAUUUAACUGUUAAUAAACAAUAUAAUUCUAAUAUGUUUUUUUGGUUUUUUCCUACACAAAAUGGUGAUAAAAAUGCUCCUGUACUUCUUUGGCUUCAAGGUGGUCCUGGUGCACCAUCACUUUUUGGUUUAUUUAAUGAACAUGGUCCUAUACAAGUUAAUGAUGAUGGAAAUUUAGCAGAACGACCUAUAACAUGGAAUUCAUUGUAUAAUCUUUUAUAUAUUGAUAAUCCAGUUGGUACAGGUUAUAGUUUUACAUCCAAUGAUGAUGGUUAUGCUCGUUCAGAAGAUGAUGUUGCACGUGAUCUUUAUUCAGCAUUAACACAAUUCUUUCAAAUUUAUACUGAUUAUGCAUCAAAUCCAUUUUAUGUUACAGGUGAAAGUUAUGGUGGUAAAUAUGUACCAUCAAUAGGAUAUAAAAUUCAUGUUGAAAAUCAAAAUCCACAAGUUAAAGUUAAAAUUAAUUUAGUUGGACUUUCAAUGGGAAAUGGAUGGACAGAUCCGUAUAGGCAAUAUGUAUAUGGACCAUUACUUUAUCAGAUUGGUUUAAUUGAUGAUAAUCAAUUAUUUUAUAUCAAUCUUCAAUCAGAUUUAGUUCGUUAUGCAAUUAGUCAAAAACGUUUUUCUGAUGCAUUUACUAUAUCGGAUUCAUUAAUUGAUGGUGAUCUUAUUAAUACAACAUCAUAUUUUACAAAUGUAACAGGUUUACGAGCUUAUUAUAAUUAUUUACAAACGGAUGUUUCUUCAUCAAUAUCAAAUUAUGUUAAAUUUAUUACAAAUAUUGAUCGUCGUCGACAAAUUCAUGUUGGAAAUUUAACAUUUCAUGAAGAUAAUAAAGUUGAAUUAAUGCUUAUAAAUGAUGUUUUUCAAAGUAUACCAUCAGAACAAUUAACAAUACUUUUUAAUAAUUAUAAAAUUCUUAUUUAUAAUGGUUUAUUAGAUAUAAUUUGUGCUGAAAGUUUAACAUUAAAUUGGAUUGCUGAUUUACAAUGGUCUCAUUCAAAUGAAUAUAAAAAUACAAGUCGAUAUAUAUGGAAACUUCUAUUCGAAAUGCUGGACAUUUAG